AUGGUACACAAAUUUUGCUUUGAGGCUCUUGAUAGAACACUUAGAGAUGUUCUUAGCUGUGUUGAUAUGCCCUUUGGUGGAAAAGUUGUCGUUCUAGGAGGUGACUUUCGGCAAAUAUUACCUGUCAUUCCAAAUGGCAGUAGACAAGAUAUAGUUCAUGCAACCAUCAAUUCUUCCUAUCUAUGGUCCCAUUGUCAUCUGUUAUCUUUGACCAAGAACAUGUGUCUCAAUUCUGGAAGUAGCACUAAUAAUUUGUUGGAAAUAAAAGAAUUUUCUGAGUGGCUGCUUAAAAUAGGAGAUGGUGAUCUUGGGGAUGAUGUUGAUGGAGAAUCUAUUAUAACAAUUCCAGAUGAAUUGUUGAUCAAAGGUUCAGAAGACCCACUUUCAGAUAUUGUUGAUUUUGUUUACCCGAAUCUUAUGGAUAAUAUAUUAGAUCCUACUUUCUUUAAAGAACGUGCUCUUCUGACUCCUAAAUUGUCCGAUGUUGCCAUGUUAAACGAGCACCUAAUGGCUGUGAUUCCGGGUGAAGAAAGGACAUUAUUGAGUUCAGAUAAGGUUUUGAAACAAGACGGUAAUUCAUCUCUUGAGGAUGACGAAAUCUCCCCUGAUAUCUUAAAUACAUUCUCAUGUUCGGGGAUUCCUGAUCAUAAAUUAACUUUGAAGGUUAAAGUACCGGUGAUGCUAUUGAGAAAUAUUGAUCAAUCAAGAGGUUUAUGCAACGAUACGAGAUUACUUAUUACAAAGUUGGGGAAUCAUGUUGUUGAGGCAAUUGUUCUUACAGGAAACAAUAUAGGAGAUACUGUGUUAAUCCCUAGAAUAACGAUCAGCCCAUCGGGUCAUACAUUUCCAAUAAACUUCCAAAGAAGACAAUUCCCCUUGGUAGUUUCAUUUGCGAUGACUAUCAACAAAAGUCAAGGACAGUCGCUGUCUCAUGUUGGCAUUUAUCUUCCUAGGUCUGUCUUCACUCAUGGGCAAUUAUAUGUGGCACUAUCUAGAGUAAAGAGCAGACAUGGAUUGAAGAUGCUGAUACUUGAUGAAAAUGGUUGCGUUACAAAUACUACCUUUAACAUCGUCUACAAGGAAGUAUUUCAAAGAUUAGUGUAG